AUGUCUAAACGAAAAGAUAAUUCUGAAUUAUUUUCAAAAGAAAUUCCAGAAUUUACUAACGAAUUUAGAACUAAACGUAGAAAUAAUAGACAUAAACAAUACGGAUUUGUAUCUGCAUUCCUAUACGACAAGCGUAUGAAUAAGUUUAUCUUUGAAUUACGUGGUCGGGGCAAUUCACAAUAUGAAUCUAAAAUUUCACCCAUUGGAGGAAAGCGAGAAAUGCGAUUUGAAAUUUCGAAGAAAACGAUAGAUGGACUAAAAACAGGCAAUGAGAUUCAGUUAAAAAUAAACAAAGAGGAUAUUGAGAAAGUAUUCGAUAAGCCAGAUGGAUUUGAUAUCGAACAUGUUGUUAAGUUAAAGAAAUGGGAUACAGUUACCAGUGAUGAUUUACUAAUCUAUGAUAGACAAUACGAAAUGUUAUACAAACAAGAAGAUAUAUUUUCCGCUAUGUCAAGAGAA